AUGAUGGAUAUCUCAUCACAGAAAACCCUCCACUGUUCAAAGCAAAUUUUUCCUCUCCAGUUUUCCGCCAUCGGAAAUGGAGCUGCAAUCACUUCGAAGACCUCAUCCAAAGUGCAGCGCAAGAAAGCCUGUAGUGGCACUGACUCUCAGAUCAUAAUGAUCUGGGACCCAGAUGCACCUAUCAUCAAGCUCAAGGUUUCAUUGCCAAAGCAUAACAAGGACUUUUCUGCUGGGCGUCCGGCGCUGCAGUACCAGUGCCACUUGCUCAGUUUUGCAGAAUCCACACCGAGAGCUUACGGUAAUCAGCAAUGUGCAGCUAUUUUUGGGUCCACUGUCACCCUCUCCAGAACCAUUGGCCAGCAAUCUGAAUGGGAUAAUGGACUCAAUGUAGCGCACACUCAUUGUGAAGUAGGUCAUGAUUCGUACCUUGUAGACAAUGCUCACAACCUCAACGGCGAUAUGGGUAUGCUCGCCCAAACAUAUAUCUCACAGGGCGGAGUUGUAUUAGUCGAGCACCCUGUGUUAGUUCUUCCAACUAACAUGGCACUCGAUGCUUCUGUUUUCGGUUUGGAGGAAUCCGGAUCAUAUCACAAAGCUUUGAUCUCUCAUUUAGAUGACCAAGUGAAGAGGGAGAUAUACAGUUCAAAAGAUUGCUCAACAUCGGUAAAUGGCAGUACGCCGAUGGGAAUCUUGACCACAAAUGGUUUAAAUAUUGAACUGGAGGUGAACGAUAAUGGUCUGCAGUCUCAGGAUAAGAAGUACCAGGCACUUUUCCUAAAAACUUCCCGAUGUAAUCAUAGACCCAAUGCCAUCUGGAGAUUUGACCACCUAACUUUCACGCUGACUCUCUCCGCAGUGUGA